AUGAGCGUUCUUACGUUUGAAGAUGGCAACAAGCUUGACGAGCUAUCGAACCAAGGCUUUUCGGUUGUCUCGUUCUACGCCAAUGGCUUUUACACGGAAGCCUACCCCUCGACGAUUGUGUUCCACCGCAAUGCCCCACCUCGCGACUUGCGAUCAAACUGGGUUCUCGAGCAAGCAACUCUGGAAGAAGAAGGUAAGCCAACCGUCGAGUUGCCCGACUUGCGGAUUUUGUUCAACGAACAGACAUUGCCCAACAACCAGCAAUUGCAAUCCCAUUUCAGAGACAGUUCGAACAACACAUUAACAGCCCUGGACUUCCUCACUCGUAGCGAUGUCGCUCCUUUGACCGAUAUGCCGACGACCUGGCAAGGGCUUUCUUCGGCCGAUUUCAUUCUGCUCGACCGAGAAGAUUUCACCACGCUUCACGAUAAGUACCCAGAUCGAUUCGCGGCGCUGCAUAACUGGAUUUUGUCUGGCGGCAACCUGCUUAUCUGGAAUGCCGAGCAAGAUGGUCCUCAGGCAAUCGAUCAACUGCUGGGACACAAAGACACGGACGAUCGACCGCAAUGGCAACGGAUGUCGUCCGAAGAUGUCGAGCUUCGAGAUCUCGGUAUUUUCAACAAGAUGCGACAGCCAGGCAAUCGAUUCACAGCCGCUAAUGCCGGCACGUAUAAGCCUCUUGGAAUACGCAACGGAAAACUGGUCGAAACAGACGAUCGUCAAUCAGGUAAAGUGACCGAUCCUGGUGAUUCGCUGCAGCUUGCGACUCGCGACGAAGGUUUCGGACGCAUGCUGCUGGUCCAGGAAAAUCCAUUCCCAGGCUCGGUUGGGUCGUGGGAACGUAUUUUCGCGACGUUUGAAGGGCAACGCUUGGCCUGGUUCCAACGGCACGGCAUGUCGCGGCUUCGCGAAAACCCCGGUUUCUGGGAGUUCUUAAUUCCUGGCGUCGGUGUCGCCCCUGUCACCACGUUCGAGUUGCUCAUCACGUUGUUCGUUAUCGUAAUUGGGCCUGUCAAUUACUUCCUGCUUCGCUCGCUCGGCAGGCUCAACUUUUUGAUUGUCACCGUUCCUGUCGGAGCACUUUUGGUCACAUUCCUGCUGAUGGGAUAUGCCUUCGUUUCUGAUGGCCUGCACACGCAGUCAAGGAUUCGCUCGGUGACCCUGCUGGACCAACAUACCGGCCAAGGGGCAACGUGGAGCCGUCAAUCUUAUUACGCCGGCCUGGCAUCGUCCUCGGGGCUUACGUUUCCUCUUGAUACGGCGAUUUACGACUACGAACAGUAUCCGCUCACCCAGCAUACCGGGCAGAAGCGAUUGAACUGGGGUGACAACCAGGUCUUACGCGGCGGCUAUUUCCGCUCGCGUGUCACGCAGCAAUACUUGGCCAUUCGUCCGUUUGAAACACCGUUGAAGCUGAACAUCUCCUCAUCCGGCGAUCAGCUUUCCGUCCAGAACCAACUAAGCACGAACGUCUUAAAGUUGCUUGUCAUCGAUGACAAACAAGACACUUUCUACGCCGGCAAUUUAAAGACCGACGCAACGUCGACGCUCCAGCCUGCGACGCCGAGCGAUAUCUCAGAUUUCCGUAGAACGAUUAACGAUGCCGGUCUGAACAUUCCGGAAGGAUUCGACCGCCGGGCCUAUGUUCGCAUCGAUUCGCGGCAGCACAACUAUUACAUCCAAAGCUCGAACACCCCCGAGCUUUAUCUCGCUCCCCCCACGUUCGGACAAUCCCUACUCGAACGUCAACUGAGCGACCAAAUGGCCAAAGGGUUCAAAGCGUUAGGCCCAAAAAGUUAUGUGGCCAUCGUCGAACGUUUUCCGGAGACGCCUCUGGGGCUGGAC